GCCAGGCAUUUUAUGAGAUAUACUUGUUAGCCCCCUAUCGGCUUCUCGCCGUUGGAGGUGGCGUUAUCGUUGCCUACAUAUUCACUAUCUUCCCUGUGCCAAUUACGGAAGCUUCUGUCCUUCGCAGAGACUUGGGGACUUCAUUAUUCCUUCUCGCCAACUACGUCAACUCAACAACGUCUACUGUCGACAAUCGAUUGCAGGACAAGGAAGGCGACAUGAGUCUUCCCUCCAGCCCAGGGCGGAGACUUGAAAAGUCACGACAGGAUUUACUACAGAAGCAGUUUGCUUUGCAGAAUUCGAUGAGACGGAACUUGUCAUUUAUGGAUUGGGGUCCCAACUUCGGAGGCGAAUUUCCCAAGGAAAUGUACACGUUGAUUAUUGAUGAAGUUCAAAAUAUCAUCAACUACCUUGCAGUAAUUAGUUUCGCAUCCGAAACAUUUAUAGCUGCACGCAGGGAGUCGCCCUCCCCGGUUUGGCUUUCCGAGUUUGCAAAAUCGAGGCCAGAAACCAGCGCUGAAGCACAUAAAACCACGUCCUUAUUAAUUCUUCUCUCUGCUUCCAUCAAAAAUGGAAGGCCUUUGCCGCCAUAUCUCGACGUGCCGUCCGAUUCUCACCUCUCCCAGCAGAUACAUGGCGACAAGGCGGAUAUUAUGACAUUUAAUAACCUGAAUGAGCCGGGGUUUCGAGCUCUGGCUGCUAUCAAGUUGGCACAAAGCUGUAUGGCGGAUUCGCUCUCAAGAAUUGUUGACCCUGUGAGGGAACUGGUAGGAGAGGUGAAUUUUAGCUAUCAGAUUGUCGACUCAAAUGAAUAAGUGUGGAGCGAGGCGAAGCGAGGGUGAGCUGCAUGAGUCGCAUGUUUAACAGGGUGGUGAGGCGAAGAAAUACUUUCGUGUCAAUUUCGCGUUACUCGCGUCAAUUUUGUAGUUCCGGAGUUUGUCCAUUAUAGCUUGGUUAGGUGCUUUGCUCUUAUUUUCCAUAAUUCGCCAUUUGUGAGCCAUAAGCGCCGAAAUUGCACCUACGGUUGGCAAUUAUGAAGGCCUCCUUUGUACGUUCAUUCAUGGUGGCAGUGGCAGCGGCAGCAACGCUCGAUCUCACAGUCACGACGAGCGGGGGGCGUAUUACAGGACAUAAGGCGCCAGGGGCAGAGGGCGUGCAUGAGUUUCUUGGUGUGCCGUUUGCGAAGCCGCCGGUCGGAGAGCUGAGGUUUGCGCCACCAGCGAAGUUGGGACCUGUGGCGUCGAGUGACGUGUUUGUCGCGGAUAAAUUUUCGAGCGAUUGUCCGCAGACAGGAGGUAAGGCGGUAGACUACCCAGAGCACACGCCGCAGUUCCAGAAGAUCAUUAAUGCCUUUGCAAACACUCUUGGGAACCCGAUGGGAGAGGAUUGUUUGCAUCUGAAUGUGUGGAGCAAAUCCACCGCGAAGAAGAACAAGCCUGUCCUGGUGUUCUUCCAUGGAGGCAGAUGGGCGUUUGGCGGCACAGACACCCCUUUUUUUACUGGCAAGUACCUCGCCGACGCCGAGGACGUUGUCGUCGUCACCGUGAAUUUCCGCCUUAACAUCUUCGGUUACCCUGGCGCCCCUGGCGAGUCCCAGAACCUAGGCAUGCAAGAUCAGCGCCUAGCCGUUGAAUGGAUCCACUCCAACAUCGGCGCCUUUAACGGCGACUGCUCAAAGAUCACCAUCUUCGGACAGUCUUCAGGGGGGCUCGCCGUCGACUUCUGGGCUUACGCUUAUAAGAGCGAUCCCAUUGUCGCGGGCGUUAUCGCGCUCUCUGGUAACGCUUACAGCUUCCCGCUUAAUACGCUCGAGUUAGCGGCGCAGAACUGGUAUAAUGUGUCAGACCAGCUCGGAUGUGGAGCGCAGGGAAAUACGAUGGCAUGUAUGCGCCAGGCGAACUGGGACGAUAUCCGUGCUGCGGCUGCAAAAGUCCCGGCACCGCCAGGAACGAGCCAGGCGCGCGCACAGUCACCGUUCCAGGCUACGAUUGAUGAGAAGCUCGUCUUCUCAGAUUACUACGAGCGCGCACAGGCUGGGAAUUUGGCCAAGAUUCCAUACAUGGUUGGGAACAACCACAACGAGGCUGGGUACUACAAGGUACCAGCGUACGGACAGGGCAAGAUUUUGAACCAAUCCGUGUGGGACGACUUCAACCUCGAGAGUUUCACCUGCGCGACUGCUCUUGAGGCCGCGCAGCGUGUUGCGAGCGGUGUCCCGACGUGGCGUUAUAGACACCACGGUGACUGGGACAACACUAGACUCUACCCCACCAGCGGCGCCUACCAUGGUGUGGACCUAAACAUGAUAUUUGGCGCCUCCGCCGACGUCAGCGGCCUCCCCGAAGUCGCCGCUCAGACAACGGCCAAGGGACACAUCCAAAAGGCUUACGCUGCCUUCGCAGCUGACCCCGUCCAUGGGCUCACCAAACAAGUUGGCUGGCCGGCCUACAACCCCAACAAGAAUACAUUGAUCGAGCUGUCCCUGAACAAUAACCCGCAGCCCGUGUAUUCGAAGGCAUCAACGUAUGAUGCGGAGUGUGCGCAGUUCUUAGAUAAUUAUAAGGCGACGUAAAUGGAGCGGACCUUCUACUUCUACCGGCUUGUGUCACUGUUAAAUGCACUAUAAAUGCAAGAGAUCAGAUAUUGCCGCCAACUCCCCUAUAAUAUCAUUGAUAAAGCGAAAAAAACAGUCAAAGAUAGCUGAUUAAAAAUCGAAUCGUUACUAAAGACAGACUCCCUAUCAAACCUUGCUAUGUGAGAUCCGCAUUGAGACUAUAGCAUAUACUCUAGUAUGCGAGUAGCUCUCACACGGGACCAUAGACUCAAGAGAUUAAGGCAUCCCGUCCGUUCUGCCAUACACAAGCUUGUGUAUCCUAAUAGUCUCCUGAGCCCGCUAUGGUUAGCUCGGAAGCAUUGUAGUUGUUUUUGUUUUCCCUUAGAGGGGUAGAAGAGGUGCCCUGCCACCGGGAUGCGGUCAGCUCAGUGGGAUUGGUUUGAGAGGUUUGGGGACGGAACAAGGGUCAUCUGGAUAUCCUCUCUUGCGGAUGCAAACGAAUGCGGC